GAGGACAGAGUGCUCUUGAAUGAAUGAGGCAUGGCUGGACUAGUGGAUUUUAAGAACGAGGAAGAAGUGAAAGAAUACCUGGAUAAUCUGGGCACGGAAUACUCUUACCAAUGUUUUAAAGAGAAGCAGCCAGACGGCUGCAAUCGGUUAGCUGAAUACUUAGAAAACAUCAAAAAGAACUUUGAAUCUGCAGCUCACAUAUUGAAGAUCAACUGUGAUGAAAAUGAACACAGCGAGAGCUGCUACAAGCUAGGUGCUUAUUAUGUAACUGGGAAAGGUGGGCUACCAGUAGAUCUGAAGGCCGCAUACAGUUGUUUCUUGAAAUCAUGUAACAAAGGUGGGAAAAAGUCCAUUGAUUCCUGCCAUAAUGUUGGAUUAUUAGCUCAUGAUGGACGAGUGAAUGAUGAGAAACCUGAUGCUUUAAAAGCCAGAGAUUAUUAUAUCAAAGCCUGUGAUGGCAACUUUGCAGCAAGCUGUUUUAACCUCAGUGCCAUAUACUUACAAGGAGCUCAAGGAAUCCCCAAGGACAUGAACAUGGCUUUGCAUUUUUCUGAGAAAGCCUGCAAUCUGGGGCAUGUAUGGGGUUGUGCAAAUUCUAGCCGCAUGUACAAACUCGGCGACGGAGUGACAAAAAAUGAUGAAAAGGCAGAAUAUUUCAAAAACAAGGCCAGGGACUUGCACAAGAUGCAGCAGGAAAGGACACCACAAAUAUAAUUUGGAGAAUAAUAACAGCAAAGAUACAAAAAUGUUUUUAUUUUUUUCAAUCAUUGUUGGUCAUGCAUAAAACCACAUUUUCUAAAAACAUUUAUUAAAAAAUAUAUUUUAUGACCUCUUUGUAGGAACUCUGUGCUUCAGCUAUAAUAGCUGUGUGUUUUGUGUCCUUUUCUGGAUACACAGUUAUCCUUGUAUAUCAAAAUGCUAACGUUCAUGCGCAGGUUUUAGAGAAUCAUACAAUAUCUACAGUAGAGAUCUACAUGUUUAGGUAGCAUGCAUCUAAAAAUUGUCUUUUGUAAUGAGCCAAUAAAAAUAUUCCAUCCUA